UGCUCUUCGAUAAAGCCGAGGCGAACAUUGCCGACUCAUACGCAGGCCACACGAAGCAUGGCGUAUCGGCCAUUGAGUCAGCACCACGGCAGCGGAUCCCACGAGCUCGUUCAGUACGAGAGCGUUGAAUUCGUCACGUACGACGCGCGGUUUACCAAAGACGGCCAGCAUCUCCAAGACGAGCUGGACGUGUCGCCACAGAUCGAUCCAUGUGGAUGUGGCCUGCCGUCGUUUUCAUGGCGCCACAAGACCAUCUCAUUGACGAAGUGGCUCUUGACCCUUCUCAUUGGGGUGGCGACAGCCCACGUCGUGAUUCUUAUCAAUUUAGUGACGUCCAGUCUUGUGUCGUGGAAAUUUCAGAUGAUGCAAGGGCUACUCGGACAAGAAGUGGCCGGCACGUCCAUGCAUGGUGGUAGCCUGCUCUUCUUCGUGGCGUGCAACGUGUGGUGCGUUGGCAUUGCAAGCGUCCUCACGACGUUCUGGGCCCCUGCGUCGGCGGGGUCGGGCAUACCAGAGAUCAAAAGCACGUUGAACGGCGUCCAUGUCAAAGUGUGGAUGAGCCUGGAUACACUCGUGUGCAAGGUACUUGGGGUCAUUCUUUCGGUCUCGGGCGGCCUGCCUGUGGGCAAAGAAGGUCCCAUGAUCCACAGUGCCUCCAUCAUUGCAGCCUUCUUCUCAUCCAAGCGAUCGUAUCAAUGCUGUGGGUGGCGUCCGAUUGUAUUCUUGCAGGAAAAAGACGUGCGUGAUUUAGUCACGUGUGGCGCGGCGGCAGGUGUGGCGGCUGCAUUUGGGGCCCCCAUCGGAGGUGUGUUGUUUGCACUGGAGGAAGGCGCUUCGUUCUUGUCCCCAAAGCUCAUUUGGCGAGCCUUCUUUUGUGCCAUGGUCGCUGCAUGUGUCGUCUUUGGGUCGUCCCUGGUUUCCUUUUCAGAAACAGCAAGCAAGUCGUCGCUCUUUGCGUUUGGCAAAAUGGUCGAUCCAACCGUCGACCGAGCGUCGUACUUGCCGUGGGAGCUUGCUGUGUUCAUGGCGAUUGGUGUCGCGGGCGGCACUUUGGGGGCCGCCUUCAAUCACCUGAACAAGGCAGUGAUCUACCACACGCAACUGUAUCGAGUUCCCCUGGCAUUCCGCGUUGUCUACGUCAUGUGCGUGUCGGUGGCUCUCAGUCUCGUUUGGUAUUUCGUCUCGGAUGGGGUCGGUACGUGCCAACCUGUCCCCCCGGCGAUUUCGACGACCGAAAAAUCGCAUCUUGUCCGUCAACUCGUCACAUUCAAGUGUCCCCCUGGUCAGUACAACGACCUUGCGAGUCUCUUCCUGUCGCCCCAAGACGCCGCCCUGAAACAGUUGUUACACCUACAAAGCUCGUUCGCGUCGCCUCCAAUGUUCACCACUGCCAGCUUGCUAGCGUUCGCCCUCUUGUACUUUUCGGGAUCUGCGCUGGUGUUUGGGGCUAGUAUUACGUCUGGCGUGUUUGUUCCAAGCAUUCUUGUCGGUGCUGCGCUGGGCCGUGUGGCUGGCCAUUGGAUGCAUUCGGACGAGCUGGAUUUUGUCAACUUGAGCACUUAUGCGCUCGUUGGCGCGGCCGCAGUUUUGGGUGGCGUCACCCGCAUGACGAUUUCGCUGGCCAUUAUCCUGUUGGAAGCCACAGGCGAUUUGCAGUACGCACUGCCGCUCAUGAUGACACUGAUGCCAGCUCGUUGGGUCGGAAAUCUCCUGAGCAAGGGGCUGUACGAAAUCCACAUCCAUUGCCGGCGACUUCCGUUUCUCGACUGGAGUCCGCCCAAAGGCACAGAGCAUGUCAGUGUGACGCGGGUCAUGAAACCGGAACCCAUGAGCUGCUUUGGCAAGAGAGAAAGGGUUGGCACACUCUUGGCCGAGCUGGAACUUCACCCACAACAAAUGUGCUGGGCAGUUGUCGAACGUCGCCACGAUGGUCAGACGGGGCUGCAUGAGAAGGUGCUAGAAGGCACGAUCCACCGACAUGUUCUCGUUCGGCUUCUCCAUCACAAAGCUACGUGGAAUCCGUUCUCCUGCAGCGACCUCGAAAGCGACUUGACGAACGUGCAUGUGCUUGAAGCCGAGACGAUGGAUGAUGACGCCGCUCCUUUGGACAUGUCCAGGUUCUCUCUGGCAGAUCGAGAAUGCUUUGUGAACCUCGAGAUGUAUGUGAAUCCAUCGCCUGGGCAAAUCAACGUCGAAGCAUCAGCUGCACAGGCGUAUCGGCAGUUUCGGUCACUCGGACUCAGCUUUCUUUGCGUGGUGUCCAAACGCGGUGAGCUCAUGGGGGUCGUGACGCGAGAAGAGCUCCACGCGCUAGCCACUGGCGCGAUAUCUAUCGGCGACAACAGCUCCAAGCAUCGCUACCGCGCCAAGACAGCGCGGCGGUGAAGGUGUCAUUCUCGCUCCCACGACCUUUCGAACCAUGGUCGAGGAACAAACUAGCGCUUGAUUGGCUAAAAUGAUUCAAACUUGCAAAAUAUGUCGA